ACAAGCUAGUUUAAGAACUUUUUGUUAGUACCUCUAGGUUCUAGUUCAUCAUAUUGCGACUUUCUCUAUUGUGGGACGCUUUAGACCCGGAUCCGAAGGCGUUCAAGAUUUGGGUCCAAACCUCUUCGAUUCUCCACAUUCCUCCUUGCCCCACCCAGUUCACGACUGACAUGGACCCGCCACCGCCUCGGAACCCUAACACCGCCACUGCCGAGGCCCAGGAACCUCAGCCCUCAACUUCAAACUCAAUGAAACCCCCACCUCCUAAAUUUCUAAGCGAACCGGACCCGGAUUCACCGCAAAUCGAUCAAGACAAGUCCCAAUCAGACUCGGUUAUUUCUCAAAGCGGUGCAGAACCUACUGAAAGGGGCAAUGUUCAAGAUGACUCAAGCUCGAGCUCUAUCUCCCAAAGUAAAGACACCAAUGGAGAAGACCAACAACGAACUGGUGCUGCUGCUGUUCCGUAUACCAUUCCAACGUGGAGUGGGCGUCCGUGUCAUGAGUUCUACCUUGAAGUCCUUAAAGAUGGCUCCAUCAUUGAUAAAUUUGACGUCCACAAGAAGGGGGCGUACAUGUUUGGGCGUGUUGAUCUUUGCGAUUUUGUCCUUGAACACCCGACCAUCUCUCGCUUUCAUGCUGUUUUGCAGUUCAAGGGAAAUGGCGAUGCUUAUGUUUAUGACAUUGGCAGUACACAUGGGACAUUCAUUAAUAAAAAUGAGGUGAAGAAGAGAGUUUUUGUGGAGCUGCAUGUUGGUGAUGUCCUUCGAUUUGGACACUCGUCGCGGUUAUACAUAUUUCAAGGACCAGCUGACCUGAUGCCGCCGGAAGCUGACCUGAAGAGGGUGAGACAAGCGAAGAUCCGGGAAGAGAUGCAUGACAUGGAAGCAUCACUUCUCCGUGCAAAAUUGGAAGCGUCUCGUGCAGAUGGAAUCUCAUGGGGAAUGCGCGAUGAUGCUAUUGAGGAGAACGAUGAUGAAGUUGAGGAAAUAACUUGGCAAACUUACAAGGGACAACUUACUGAGAAGCAGGAAAAAACACGUGAAAAAGUUCUGAAAAGACUUGAAAAGAUUGCUCAUAUGAAAAAAGAGAUAGAUGCUAUUCGGGCUAAGGAUAUUUCUCAAGGUGGAUUGACACAGGGACAGCAAACUCAAAUUGCUCGUAAUGAACAGAGGAUAUCACAGUUAUUGGAAGAGCUUGAAAACUUGGAAGAGACUUUAAAUGAGAGCAUACUUGAAAGUCUUGGUGCACGUGCUGGAAGGACAUCCCGUGGAAAGAAAAAGGAGCCUGAAGAAGAAGAGCUUUCGAGUGAGGAGGAUGAGUUCUAUGAUCGCACUCAGAAGCCAAAGAGAAAAACUGGCGAAAAUCAAUCAAUUGAGACAGCUGAUUCUCUUCUUGAUAAGAAAGAUGCCAUUGUCAGGGAGAUGGAAGACAAGAGAAGAUUAUUUCUUGAUGAAAAGGAUGGCACAGGUCAGGCAGGUGAGGUUGAAGCUGGAGAUGAACUGGAUGCUUACAUGUCUGGGCUUUCAUCUCAGCUAGCUCUUGAGAAGAAGGAAAAGCUUGACAAGGAACUCUCCACUCUCCAAACAGAGUUGGACAGGGUACUUUACUUGCUAAAGAUUGCUGAUCCUACUGGUGAGGCUGCGAAAAAGAGGGAGCUGAAAGUACAAGAACCAAAGACCAGUUUGACCAAAACUGUCACAACUGAUGCCCAUCAGCAGCCUCCACCUGAGAAGAAGAAAAAAGACAGAGCAGAACCUAAGGACAUGGUAGAGAAACAGGACACUGUUGAUGCAAUCUCUACAUCCAGUCAAGAAACAAAGGAGAUUGGCACUGAUGCAGCUGAUGGUAAAAAUGUUGUGUACACUGUUAGUAAGCCCCAAUGGCUUGGUGCUGUAGAGGAAAAGCAAAAACAAGAGACAGUUAUUGAACGACAGGCAGAACUUCAAGAAAAUUAUCAAUUUGUCGAUUAUAAAGACAGGAAUAAAGUUUUGGUAAAACCAGAUGUUACACAGUUGACUGCCGAAUCAGGAAUUGAAAGUGCAGCUCCUGGAUUAAUAAUAAGGAAGCGCAAGCAAGUUGAGAAGUCUGAUGUCACUGAACUCAAAGAUUCUCAACAAUCCUCUGGAGCUGAUAUGAAAGCGGAAGAUGCGGUGGCUCUGUUGUUGAGACAUUCUCAAAGACACCAUUCUACUGAUGAUGAAGUGGAAUAUAGCGGACACGAUGUAUCCCAUGAAAGUCAAACCACGAAGGAAAAGAAAAAGAAGAAGAAGGUUCUUGGUCCAGAGAGACCACCAUUUCUGAAGAUUGAGAAGGACUAUGAUUCUUGGGUUCCUCCUGAAGGACAAUCAGGUGAUGGACGCACCUCACUGAAUGAUCGUCUUGGUUAUUGAAUGGAUGAGAUUCCAAAUGUUCGACACAUGUUGUGGCAUGGGGUAGCUCGACUUCAGUUUGCUGAUGGAUCAUGUAAUGUAAUUGAAUGGCAUUUAAAGCUUGAUUCGAGAUCUUAUCUUUCAAAAAUCCCAGACAGGAAGACGUCUGCGGAAGAAAAGCGGGGGGGGGGGGGGGGGGGGGGGGUCCACAUCUGUGAUGUUUUAUGCUUGGCUGAAACACCAAUCUUGAUAUUAUAGGCGGUAUAAUUCCAUGAAAGAUUGCUAUUUGAAGAGAAGAAAAAUAGAAAAGCGAUGGUGGUUUCUUUCUUUCUUUGUCCUGGGGUUUUGGGGUAGGGCGGUUGGUAAGAAAUGAAAAUGCUGGAGAAGGGGAAAGUAAUCCAGCUCUUGCACCUUCUGGGGAGUACCAAGAACCUGACACCUGCUGAUUUAGAACUGUAUAUAGAGAUAUUGACCCGGAAAAGAUAAGAGAUAAUGAGUAGAUGUGCUUGUAAUGCAGUGAUCUGUAACCAGUCCAAAAGGCGUAUAAGCUAUUUUGUGUGGCAUGAUUGAAGUCAUGUUUUUCUUUGUAUAACCAUCUAGUAUUCGAUAACCACUGGCUGAUUAAUUAAGAUUCCCGUGCAUAAGACUACAUGGGGUACAACUCCAUAUUAGGAGUUUCUCCAUUCUCAAGAUUCGAAUGCGACAUUUGUAAUUAAGGGUGCGGAAAUCUUAUUCAUCCCACCACAUCCUUUGGUGGUGUUAAGUGUAUUUUGCCAUAUGUAUGUGAAAACUACAGUACUUUUCUCAAGGAUGAACUUUAACAUUUGAA